AUGGUAGUAGAUCAAAUAGUUGGAGCUUCACAAUCAGCAUUUAUAGCAGGAAGGAGCAUCCUAGAUAAUGUUAUUGUGGCACAUGAGCUUGUCAAAGGAUAUACACAAAAAGGAAUCUCUCCUAGAUGUAUUAUCAAAAUGGAUAUAAAGAAGGCUUAUGACUCAGUGGCUGAUAGAAUUUUCAUACAGCUAAUGAUUCAAGCUUUCAACCAUUUCUCUAGUGUGUCUGGCUUAAAGGCAAAUAUGAAAAAAAGUUCACUAUACAUCUCUGGUGUCUCACAAGUAUUAAAAGCUCAGAUCCUGAAUGAAAUACAGUUUGCAUUAGGUCAGCUGGCAUUCAAAUAUUUGGGUAUACCCCUUUCAUCCAAGAAGAUCACCAUCCAAUAA